GAAGAAAAGAGAGAUCCUCUAAUAGCUCAACUUCAUCUUCUCCAUCGGUAUCAUACCUAGAUUCAAUCACAAACCAUCUCUUUUGUUAAUUGCUCUCACACCCAUGUCUAAUUUCUGUAAUUUCAUCCCGAAUUCGAUGCAGUUAGGGUUUGAGAUUUGAUUUUGACAAAUAAAAACCUACCCAUGUAUCUUGAUUGUACACCCAUGUACAAAUAACACUUCUAACCGAUGGGUUUCUCACUUUUCUCUCUAAUCUGUUUCCUCCAUUCCGCAAUCGCAACCACCACCGGCGUCCUCAUGAUGUUCUACAUGGCCGACAUCUAUUCCUUCACCCACGGCGCUGAAGUCGCGACCAAGCUAAUCGGAUCAACGAGUCGUGACCAGCUUCUGAUUCGAACCUCGGAUUCAUUCUCCGGUCUUCUACUUUUCGCAAUUGGGUUUCUUGUUUUCAUGGUUGCCUUCGUGAAGGAUAAAGAAUUCCAUAGUUUCUUCGCCAAAGGUUGUUUCCUUCUCCAUACUUCGAUGGCUGUUUGGAGAUUCAAUUUUGAAAGGAGGGUUGAGGAUCUUGCCUGGGAUUGGUUGAGGUUAUUAGUUGGUGAUAUUGUACUUGCUCUGUCUUGGAUUUUCUUUCUUGUUCAUUCAUGGAAGGAUAAAUAUGAUUAAGUAUCAGUUUCAAGAACACAUAUAUAGCCUUAUUUUUUUAAGUAGUUUAGGAUUCAGAUUCAGAGACUAUAGUUUAUUUAUCAAGAACAUGUGAUCAGAAUCUCCUUCCAUCUUAGUUUUCUUGUGUUGUUGGAAAAUUUCAUUUGUUUGUUUUUGAGGGAUGAGAUUUAGGUCUUUCAAUAUUGAGAAGUUCCUUUGGCAAUUGAGAAGAAGAAGGGUACUUCUAUGGGAAAACUUACAGGUAAUUUUUCUUUUUAAUAUCAAUACCCUCUUCCCCAUGUUAGAAAAAAAACCCUAGUCAUUACAAGAACUAUAGAAUUGUUGUAUUCUUUAUGCAAAUGCAUGUCACAAGAAUGAUUGAUACUCACUUUAUUUUAUUGGUUUCCAUCUUUGCAGCAGAAAACAAUGAGAUUAUAACAAUCAGUUCUUGUAUUAGUUCAUCAAGCACUGAAUAUUCUUCUCAGAAGAGUUUAAGUUCAUCACAGGACCAUAAGUAGUAGAGCUCUGGCAGAUCAGGAGAUUGAUUCUAAGACAGUUUUGGUACUGAUUUUCGGUUGUUGAAUUCUGAGAGUCACGAGAAUAGACAGAGGAUCCCUUUGAUUUUCAUGAGACUUACUUUCUGGGGUUAAUAGGCUUCUCAGAACCCCAACACAAAUAAGGAAAUUGAGUUUAGUUUCAAGCAACGAGGAAAAUCAACAACAGUUUGAUGUCUCGUGAAAACCGUUGUAGCAGAUGAACAAAAGAUUUCAAAAAACUAAGUAGAGAUCUAUCAUGGUGAACACAAAGAACUGCAGAAAAAUCUCAAGAUUAGCCAUUCCUUAUUGUGAUGGACUAGGCACUCUGAUGCAGUGUUGGGCAAGAUGGUGGAUACUACUGCCCCCGGUUGAUACAUAAUUGCGAUCUGCCCAUCUCUUUCGAGGUAAUGUUUUUUGUUUUUUUACAUGUCUGAAAUUGUAUGGAUAAUACACGUUAGAAGAAUAUAUGAAAUUUAGGGACUUGUUCCCUCUAUGGUUAUUGAUCUUAAGAAAUCUUAUGUUUGGUGGA